CGUUCGAAGGUUACUACACAAAGCUAAACUAUUCGAGAUGGACAGGUGAUUGACUCGUGCUCGUGAAAAUCAAUGAAUAAGGCAAACUUGAUGUGUGUCUGUGUAUUGAAAACGAUAUGGCACAAUAUUUUCAUUUGUACAAUAGAUUCAAACAGAAAAAUGCAUGAUAUUUAACGGUUUCCAGUGGAAUUUUUCAGCGGUCAUUUUUCGCGCACCUGUCGUUGAUCUGAUGAUAAUUGUCUAAACUGAUUAACGAUGGAUGCAAUGAGAUUAAACAGUGGGCUUCCUAUACAACAAUCGUAUUACAAUGAUCUUAUAGACUCUGCUAAUGUUCUUGGACAAAUUCGAAACAGGACGGAUUUCAGACCAUCAACACAAUCCGCGAUACACCACGACCUGGUGGAUAGGAACCCGUUCAUUACCUCUUCUGAUUCCCCAGGACUGGACAUUCUUGGUAAAUCCACAGAAAAAAUCAAGAGCAGGAAUUAUACAAUGAGAUCUAGAUCCUUACAGGAUUUGAAGAACACAAGAAGAGCGUCUGGAAUUGGACAUCAUGGAAGUGAUUCAACAUCGGAUUAUUUCCUAAAUCUGUAUAACAAGUAUCCGCACACCUUCCAAAGGAACAAACCAACAGAUUCAAAGAGACCCUCAAGACGAAUGUUCAACUCUGGACUUCGUGUGCAUUUUGACGAUGAGGUCCAUUAUGAUGAUGAUGUUCGAAGCGUAAGCUCAGAAAGGCCAGCUGUCACUAAGUGGGAUAGAGAAAUGGAGAGCAUCUUUGGCCGUCAUCGUCCUCCACGCUCGUGUUUAACUAGUCCAACUCCCUCCUUGAUUCUAGAUUCAACAGAAAGACAUUCGGAGUUCAAACGUCUUCCAGGAAACAAGAGCCAUACUUUGCCAAACAAUCACAUACACAAUGACAGUAAUGCACAAGAAUAUGUUCCGGUGCAAUUUCACAGGGCCAUUGAACCAUCAGAGAAUGAUUACGGGGCAGAUCGUAUCAAACUGUUAGAACUAGAACUGGAGAGGAAAGAGAGUCAGCUGCGGAGUUUUAAACGUAGACUGGAGUUUCAUCAGCAGAUGCCUGGCAGUUCUAACGGUGCCUUAUCAGACUCCCAACAUUGGAGAGUUCUCAGUCCAGACUCCCCUCCAGACAGCGCCAUCGACCUAGACUCUUCAUCAGUACAGUCUUCCAACCUCGGACCUUCAUACCUGUCACCCAGAAACGAACCUCCCCCUUACAAUGCAGACUCUGGCCUGAAUCCGCUGGAGAGAGCGCACAGCUUGACAGAUCAUCUGAUAUCCAUUGACGGUUAUCUUAAGCAAAAACAGAAUGAAAACUCUGCAUCAAACUACAUCAAAGAUUCAGACGUGGACUCGGGCUUUACUCAGUCAUUGUCGAGGCUGAGACUGGAUAAUAGAAUUUACGACAGUGGGACAUCUGCUUUGGACUUGGGCCGUUUGUACCCCAGACCAAUGUCUGCUGUUGAGUUUGGUCAUCCAAGACAUCCUCCAGAACAGUUUGAAUUUCGGGGAACAUGGCAGACGACUUCAAGGAGGAAGGACAGUGAUGAUGACUCUAUCAUUCAGGAAAUCCAGCAUCAUCCUUCCAUGGCUGGGUACCAGUUUAGGGCGGUGCACCAGCAACAAGAGGAGGAAGUGGAUGAUUCAGACCCAAGCCUCGGGUUGCCGACUAUCGCAGAGGAGGAUAGGUUUGUGCGGGAAAUGUACCAACAAAGGAAGAAGCCUACUCCGUAUAAAAUAGUACAGCGAUGUCUAACAGCAAGACCUAACAGUGCGCCAACUUGGAAGAACUGCACAAGUGGAAGCAGUGUGUCAGCCAUAUGUACACCUCGCAGAGAAGAAAAAUCCCUCAAUUUUACUCCUGUAGAUCCUAAAGGAAAGAUGUCAUACAAUGUCCAGACAUUCAAGAGCAAGUCAGAGAGUUCUCUUCUGAGAAAACCUGAAGUUAAUUCCAUUGUCUGUGAUGAGAAUCAAUUCAGAUUUAAUCCUACACUUGAGCAGAAGAUACGGAGACACUCCAGGAAAUUAUCUUUGUCCAGUGAUUCUGAUCAGUCAGAGAAAACUCUCGUUUCUUCGCAGAUUGCUCUUGAUGCAGACGGAAGAAAUCACUUCAUGGAUGCACAUUGUGAAGAGUUUGCCAUUUCUGAAAAAAAUGAUAACAAUUCUAAACUAGUGAAGGUAGUGGAUGUAAAUGAUAAAGAUUCACCAAAUUCAUGUUUUAACAACCCAGUGAUAAAAGUGGAAUUCAAAAAAGAUCUGAAGGUGACAGAUUUGAAUGAUUACAGUGUUCGACACAAUGAAGAGAGUGACACAGAUAAUUCAGGACUCUCAGGACCAGAGAGACUUACUCCAUACGAAGUAUCUGUGAUGAAGAUGGACAGGCAGGGGCUGGAUGUGGAGGACCUGAUGGAGAGUGACUCAGACAAUGUAUUUGCUAAGCCCCUAGUGUUGAAGAAAAAAGUGCCAAAAUCAGAUCAACGAGAUUUGGAGCACCGGAAUUUGUCUAAUGAGAUAGGUACAAGAUCCCAUGUAACAGUAAGUCGAGAGUCGUCGACCUCUUUACCAGAGUCUGUGAAUACAGAACCAGUUUCUGGUUCUUCGGAACUGUCUGAGGAAUCGGACUCCUACCAGAGAGUGAGGAACACUGCUGCACCAGCCACGGCAGACAUGUCUGAUCCCCAGGAUUCAGACUAUGCCACGGUGAUGUGUCCAGCCGACGAUGGCAGCCAUCAACUCACCAUAUCAGACUGUGGACGGGACAUGAAUGAAGAUAAACCAGAUACCUCGCAUCAUAUUUACGCCAAAGUGAAACGUGUGAACCGAAAACCAGACGUACCUGAACCAGAACCAGACAAGGUUAACCUGGGUAGUGAGGAUGUUAAAUGCCAUGGUGACGGAACUAAUGAUUUUACUGGUCGUGUAGUAGACUCUAGUUCUAGACAUAGUCAAGAAAUGUUGCAGAACACUGGUUCUAGACUUAGUCGAGAGGUGUCGCAGAGCACCCCAAAUGUGACAGGGACCUCAAUAUGCAACACAAAUCAAGAAGUUCCUCCACUACCUGUCAGGAAUUAUGGAAGCACCACCAAUUUGUCCAAAAGCAAAGAGCUGAGCGGAUCCAGGAUUUCUCUCUCCAACAAGAUGAGUAAUUUACGAGCUGCAGCAAAGAGCAAGUUUAAGACACUGCGGAAGGCUGUGAGUCUGGACAAAGGGAUCAACAAAACACAAGGAGAGUUCCGGCCCGGCGACAUUCCGACAGACACGCCCCCACAGGGAAAACCCCCAAAAGCCAAGAAGGGAAAGUCCCUAAAGAAAUGGUUCGGGAAGAAGAGUUCCAAGCACAGAUCUACAGAGAACUUCACACAUGGAGGCACAGAGACGACAGAGAAGGAGAAGGUGACUGGUCACUGUAGUUCUGUAGAGUCCCGAACAUCAGAGGACGAGGUCUCGGUCAGUCAGCUCAGGGAAGUCUUGUCUGAUGGGACACAGAUUGUAGAACUGAACAGAAGACACAAGGGACCAAUCGGAUUCUACAUAGCAAGGGGCAGCACUCAGUUCAAACAUGGUAUCUUCGUGUCCAGAUUCUCAGAAGAGAUCGAUGCAGAGGAACGCUUUGCUGGGCUGAUAAAUAUAGGUGACGAGAUAUUGGACGUCAACGGACAUAGUGUGAGCAAUGCAUCACUAGACGAUGUGUAUGACCUUAUGUGUGACCAGACUCUCGAGGUCAAGAUUUUACCCCUUCUGUCUCGGAAGGAUAUCCACGAAGAGUCAUCAUGAUUCUGUUUUUUGCCGUCAAGUGAUCGAUCUUCUUAAGAAAGGAAAUCAUCUGAGUAUACUGGUUGUUUGUAUACUACUUAUAUGAGAUAGGGUAACUUCUUUGAUGUGAAAUAGCCUUGAAAGUUUUUCUCACAUAGCUGUCAUCCAUUAUGAUGUCAUAAGCUUUGACUCUUCACACUACAAACCUGUGUCACUGUUGUCAUUGUUUUCAUCAAUCUCUGUAAUUUUUGUGGAAAUAUCUUUUCAAUCUACCGGUAUAUGUCUUGUGAGAAUAUUUUGAGAUUUUUUUGUUUUCACAUUAAGGGGUGCACUAUGCUUGUUUUUUUCUGACUGUAUGUUCUCUGUUUUCUGUAUAUUACGACAAAUAUGCAUUCAAAUGAUUCCGUUUCAUCUAAAAAAAAAAAAAAUUCAAAAUUUAUCAACAGGUAGUAGAUGAAAAAUAAUGACCCAUGCAGUUGGGAUAAGAAAUCUAAACCUAAGGGUGAAUUUUUUUUGCUCAUGGGCUUGUCAUGCCUUGUACCUGUUCAAAUUUUUCAUCUCCUAGGGCGAGAUCUCAACAAAGCCAUGUGAAAAUUCGUGGUGGAAUUUUAUAAUCUGUAUCUUUUUUACACAUUAUGUAGAUACUGUAUUUUUAAUCAUAGCUAGAUGCACUGUUGAGAGACGAAGAAAUCAGUUUCUAUAUAAUAUUGUCAAUUCUCUGACUUUUACUGGUGAUGUAGAGAAUAGUUUUACCCCAUUAUAUUCCAUGAAUUAUACAUUCCAGAGGUACUAUAGAAAAUAUUGCUUAUGUUUACUUAUGAAUUAGUGAUGUAUAGGCCUAUAUACUUCAUGAAAAAUAUAUGUACAUGUACAUGCAAAUUGGGAGUUGCAUGUAAAUGAGAAAUAGUUUAUCAAAUGCACAUUUAUUGUUUUAUCGAAAGUAUGACGUUUCACACAUCAUGUUUGCAUGAUAAUUUUGUUUCACGUUUACCUGGAUUUCACCUGCAUCUUGUGUUUGCCAACCAAUGAGUGUUGUCUCCCACUCGUUAAGGACAUGUGGGAGGAGUUUGGACUUGAUGAUAAUUAUUGAUAAGAUCUUUUAAACUAAAGGUUGUAAAUUGUCAAGAACAAUCCCUAUAUCCAAGCAUUGUACAGUAAAACAUAGUUACAUUGAACACACUUAUAAUGAAUUCACCCUUAUAACAAACUGAUUUUUUCAUUCUAUGUGGUUUUAAGUCAUAUUAUGAAUUGCUGGAUAGAAGCUUUAUCACACAAUAUUGGUACAUAUAAGUUUCAAAGAGAUUUUAGGUUGUAACAAAGAACCUGCAUUUCCGUCCUUAGCUUUGAAUUCGUUAUAGAUGAAUUUCAAGAUGUUAAAUGCCAUUACAUUAAUAUAAUUAUGUGAAUUACAAAACGUUAAGUGUCAUUUCAUUAAUAUAGAUAAACUUGAAAACAUUAUUGCAUCAAUAUUUAUGCAUAGUUUAAUUUUUUUUAAUGCAUAGUUUAAUUGUUGUCUUCCACCACAAUCUUCGUUAAUCCGCCUACUUCAAUCGUGGAAUCUCUGUAUAUGAAUUAACUCUACAGUGUUCGCUCUGCUGCAGAAUCACCAUAACUUCUACAGAGCUUCGUUAUUAGAUUUUCAAGAUUUCCUAUUUUGUCAAGAUUUUUUUUUUCCGAACCAGAGGAAUUUAUUUGAAUCCUGAGAGUUCAAUUCAGUUGCAAAGUUUGACUGAAAUUGUCAUUUUUUGUCUGGAAUUUGUUAUAAUACUGUUAGGGUCAUUAUGACAAUUUGUGGACUUCAUUAAACAUUACAAUAUUAAUUAGCAUUCAGUCCAUCAACCUCUGCUACAACACAACAAAAAUUAAAAAUUGUGAAUCCCGUUAUAAUAUGUGCAUAGGGUUUCCCUCUGAAAGGGUUUUACGUCACAAAUUAUGAUAGAAAUUUGUAUGUAUCUGUUUUAUGUAGAAGUAAACUUUAUUUAUUACAUUUAACAUUUCACUGUAGCUCUGUAUAAGAAGUUAGGCCAGACAAAUGUUUAUUUUCUGUUUUGUGACCAUGCAUGAGUAGCUUUUCUAAUUUCAAGUUUUAAAAAAUAAGCAUAUAUUUUUUCAUUGAAAUUAAAACACUAUUUUGUUUACUCCACCUUUAUUUUGUGAGUUUUUUUUUUACAUUUUACAAUGUUAAAUUCAGUGCGAGUAAUCUAUGUGGACAAAAAAUUCUGUUUGUAAUUCAUGUUAUACUCAGAAUAUCUUUUAUAAAACAGGCUGUGAUAAUUUUGUGUCAUCUUUAUCCAUUUCUUGUUUGUCGUCCUGCCUUGUUAGCGGAUAAAAUUCUGAACUCAUGACUUGACAAAAAACAGAAAAAAACAAUACUCUGGCCUAACAACUGGUAUAUUUUUUAUGUCCAAACAUCAUGAACUGUGCAGGAAUCAUUUAGCAAUGAACUGUUUGUAAUUCAAAAUGUGUGUGUGGUGCUGAGGGUAUGGAUGUUUCAAAAGAGUUUGUUUCAUUGAAUAUCAUAGAACGUGUAACUUUUUAAAACUUAAUUCCUGACACAGUUAGCAUAUUUUACUAGUCUUUGAUAAAGGUACACAUGAAAAGUCGAGCAGGGUUUUUUCUACGCAGAUUAAACAAUCUUGCCAUGUGUGUUGUGAUUUAAACAACAGUCUCUGAUAUUACAGCUGUGUCAGCAUUAUUUAUUUUUGUACCUUUGUGCUACCUGUAUAUUACCUGUCUGUAUUUAUUUGUAUGUAUUUAUAUGAUUACAAAGGUGAUAUUAACAAUAA